AAAAGUGUGUUUAUAAUAGAAUUCUGCAAACACAAAACAACUCUCACUGAAUUCAAAAGAUUCCACUUGAAAACCCCAGUUAACGAAUCUUUGUGGUGAACCGAUUCAAAAUAUUCGAGUCACUGGAAUGAAUCAAAAUCCCCCUCCACGAGCAGUCAGUCAAAUGCGGGUGGAGUCUCCGGACCAGGGCUCUCCAUCCAAUCAGCGCGAGGCGGAUGUUUUAUAGCUGCUGUGUGCGCUUCACUUUUACACACUGCACAGGCGCCUGAUCCACUGAACUAUCAACAAGUGAGUUUCCAGACUUGGCAGGAGGGAUGUUAAGUGAAUGGAGCCCUCUUCACAUCCUUCUUCUGCUUUUGGCUUCUAAUUAAAACUUGGCUGUAGAACAUUUCCCUCUUAAAUGUUUAAUUGCCUUUCAGAUGUUGAUGGACUCGUUUGGAUUCUCUCCAGACACUUACAAUGACUUCAAACACCUGAAAAUUAUACAUCACUACUCCACAUGUGCUUACAAGGUGUUAAUAAGGAAAAACUCCGUUGUUGGAAUGACACCGUGACCUGUAAUGUUUAUUCAUUAAUUUUUCAAUAUGACUUGGAUUAACGAUGACUGUCCUUGAACUGUAGAGCAUUCAGAAAGUUAGAAGCUGGACAUGACUUUCCCUGGAGGGGCUCAUGCGUCAAGGAAAGUUUUCAUCCAUCAUAGCUGUCCCCUUAUCUUGAGAUUCUUUUUAGCUGUGAUUUGUUUGAGUGCAAUGUGUUUUGCGUGUCCCAAGAGUUGCCACUGCUCCGAGAGGAAUGGCUUGACAGUAGUGCAGUGUUCCUCUCGCAACCUAGAAGAGAUUCCCUCCAACCUUCCUCACGAUACUGUGUCGCUUCUUCUAUCCUCCAAUCACAUCACCAAAAUCCCAAACCAGGCUUUUAAAAACCUUCCCUGGCUCCAAGAGCUGGACUUGUCAUGGAACGCCAUCGAAACUGUGGAUGCUGGUGCUUUUCAAGGUGUCACGGAGAGCUUGCGGGUGCUCGACCUGUCUCAUAAUCACAUGCAAAGUGUCCCUAAGGAGGCCUUCGCUCGGCUGCAUGCCAAGAUCAACCUGUCCAACAACCCGUGGCACUGUGAGUGCACGCUUCAGGAGGUGUUGCGCGAACUCAGGCUGGAUCCCGAGACUGUGAACGAGGUGAGCUGCCACACCUCUGUUCAGGAAGAGUACGCGGGCAAGCCUGUCAUCCAGGUCUUGGAUUCGGGCAUAAACUUUUGUAACUUCCACCAUAAAACUACCGAUGUGGCCAUGUUUGUCACCAUGUUUGGUUGGUUCACGAUGGUUAUCGCUUAUGUCAUCUAUUACGUACGGCAUAACCAAGAAGAUGCUAGGAGGCAUCUGGAGUACCUCAAGUCUCUGCCAAGUACCUCCCAAAUUAGUAAGGACUUUGACACAAUCAGCACUGUUCUCUAGCAUCAGUCAAUGCAGUGUAGGAGUGAAUGUGUUUGGCACAUUGAUGAUGGCACAACAGCAAGCCUUAUAAGGGAGAGUGGGGUAAGAUGUGUCAUUUACUCAGUUUGUCCUCAAGGAAAGGAGAAAUGAGGAGUCAUUGAGAAACCCACAUUUGCUAGGCACAAACCGAAUCCAAAGUCUUAUUUUGCUGCGCAUUAUUGACAUUUUCAUAUGAAAAGAUUUAAUUUUCUGAAAAUGUUAAUUUAAGUAUUUUAUAAUAAUAGUAUUUUGCAUAAUUUGAAACAAAGCUUACCAAAUGCCAAACAUGCAUGAUAUGUAUCCUUUAUUUAUUUAUUUGCUUUGACAUUCAAUUCAUUUUGUCUGCUGCAGAAAAUUUACUUUGACAUGCAAAUUGAAAAACUCUUUUACAAUAUGCAGCUGCCUGAGAGAGAGAAUACUUUUUAAAUACUUGGCCCAGUUCAAUCAAUUGUAAGAGAAUGAUAGAUUAGCCACCGACACGUCUUGCACUACUCUUCCCAGGAUAUAGUCUUAUUAGAUUUAAUUGUGAAUGUUUUUCAUGGGUUUUCACACAAUGAAUGUGUUGACAGUUGUUCUGUGAUGCAAUUCAGUGUUCCCAUUCAUGUACUUUGUGCCUCACGACAGGAAGCUGCAGAAGCUCCAUUUCUUUCUGCAGGUGCUAAUCCCAUCAUUUCUUGAAUUGGUUUUAUUCAUUUGUAUGCUAAUUUAAUGGUGUUUCAGAAAAGAAUAUUAAAUGCUGGAUUUAUGGGAUAUUUUUUUCCUUAUUUUGUAUUGCUGACCAAGUAAAGCAAGUAAAUAAUCACUGCCAAAAAAAAACAACCAUUAAUUAAGUUCUGCCUUGAUAACUGGAAACUUGCCCCAUUUUUUGUUGUAUUUACUCAAGUGCCUGAUCCUGGUACCUCAGCACCAAUACACUGUGCAUUGGGCAUUAUUUGGUUUGCUAUCUAUAUGUUCUUCUACAAUCAAAAAUAAUCCUUUAAUAGUGAGUGUAAAGUAGAACAGUGUCAUUUUAAGUCAAGUGAUAAAUUUGGUGUAUUUAAAGAUUUCUCAGAUUGAUCUUAGGUCAAAUAUGUACUCACCUGAUCAGAAGAUUUCAUGAGAUGACAUUCAAAAUGGAUUUUGUCACCUGUGUGUUAGUUUAAAAGGGCUUGCAGGUUACAUUUCCUGUAGAGUAAUGUAUAUUUCUGUCCACAUGUAUCAGUUUUUCAUUGUGACAAGCCUUUUCAGCUGUAGUGUGUAUAUCAUAGCAAAAUAAGAAAAUAAAAAUGCUGUUAGAAGGA